AUGGAAGUAGAAAUCAUUUCUCAAGAGAACAUAAAACCAUCUUCCCCGACACCUCAGCAUCUUCGAGUCUUUAAGCUCUCUCUUUUAGAUCAGUUCAUGCCUUCUAUAUAUGUCCACCUUCUCCUGUUUUAUGAUUUCUCCAAAAAUGAUCGUCACUGCGGUAACCAUUAUCUUCAUCAUCAACAUAGUACCUUGGAACGACUACAGUUGCUAAAGAAAUCUUUGUCAGAAACAUUAACUCUCUUUUAUCCUCUUGCUGGAAAGAUGAAAGAUGAUUUUUCCAUCGACUGUGACGACGAAGGGGCUAAUUGCUUGGAGGCUAGAGUUAACUGCACCCUCCAUCAAUUUCUUUUCAAGCCUGAUCUUGUGUUAUUGCAUAAAUUUCUUCCUUGUCAACCUCUUCUUUCGACAAGAUCAGUUGCCGGAACUUAUGUAACCAACAUUCAAGUUAAUGUAUUUGAGUGUGGAGGAAUUGCUAUUGGCAUGAGCAUUUCACACAAGAUCGUUGAUGGCGCUGCACUCAGCACCUUCCUUGAGGUGUGGAGUGCUAAUGCUCGUGACAACACCUGCAACAAGAAUAUUGAUAUUGGUGAUUUAUUAUCAGUAAGCUUUGUUUCCACUAGUCUCUUCCCCGCGACGGAGGACCCCUGGCUAAGAGAUUCAGCCACUGAGAUGUGGGGUUCGUUGUUGAAGGAAGCCAAGUUUGUGACGAGGAGAUUUGUGUUUGAUGCGCCGGCAAUAGCCAGCCUCAAGGACCGAGCAAGGAGCUCGACUCGAGUGGAGGCUGUUUCAGCACUUAUAUGGAAGUGCACCAUGGCAGCAUCUCAACAAAAACAUGGAAUCUCAAGACGUCGUUUACUGACGCACACCGUGAACCUGCGGACAAGAAUGUCACACCCUGCAUCGAAGAAUUCGUUGGGAAAUCAGGUGUGGAUCGCGAGUGCUCGACUCAGGGCAGAUGAGGAGAGAGACCUGGACCAGUUAGCAAGGGAGGUUAGAGUUGGAAUAUCAAAAAUCAAUGGUGAUUUCGUAAAGGAAAUAGGAGGGAAAAAAGGGAAAGAAAUGAUGUUGGAUUGUGUAACAAAAAUAGGGGCGUUUGGCAGUAAUGAGGAAGAGGAGUAUUUGGGGUUCACGAGUUGGUGUAAGCUUGGGUUCUAUGAAGCUGAUUUUGGGUGGGGGAAACCUCUGUGGGUUAGCAGCAUUGGAUUUGAAGCUCCAAUAUUUAUGAACUAUGUUGCUUUAAUUGAUACCAGGUUAGGUGAUGGCAUAGAAGCUUGGAUCACCAUGGAUGAAGAGGAGAUGAUAAUAUUACAAAAUGACAAUAAUCUUCUUAACUAUGCUUCCAUAGAUCCUACUCCUUCUAUGGUUGUUCAGAGUAUGUGA